CAGCCCCUGCCAGUGUGCCCAUGGGCCACGCAUAAUGGCAGCUGUAGUCCAGGGCCGGGUUCGAGCUGCCCUCUCUAAACCGGUGGUGCUUUUGGAUGAGCUGGGCUCCUGCUUCCAUCAGCCCCAGCCAUCAGGGCAAGUGGCCAGAGAUUGGUCGGCCGCAGGAGUGGCGGUGGAGCAGCAUGGAGAGCACUGCCCUGGAGAGCCUGAUCGAGAUGGGCUUCCCACAGAACAGAGCAGAGAAGGCUCUAGCGCUGACUGGGAACCAGGGCAUUGAAUCUGCGAUGGACUGGCUCAUGGAGCAUGAGAACGAUUCUGACUUGGACGAGCCCUAUGUUUCCCCCGAAGGCCCCGUUCUGGGCUCAGAGGAGCCCCCUGAGGGAAAGGCACCCGAGUUGGCACAGAGCGAAGCAGAUCCCACGUUGCGGGAGCUGACUGCAGAAGACAACCGGCGCCCCCUGAGUGAAGAGGAGAAGCGGGAGCAAACGAAGAGGAUGAUGGAGCUGAUCUCCCAGAAACAGCGGGAGCGCGAGGAGCGCGAGAAACGGGAGAGCAUCGAGCGAGAGAAGCAGCGCCGGAAGCAGGGCCAAGAGCUCUCGCUCAUCCGCCAGAAGCUGCAGGAAGAUGAAAUGAAGAAGCUGGCGGAGGAACGCCGCCGGGAGAAACUGGAGGAGAAGCUGGCCAAGCAGCGGGUGCGAGAGAAGAUUGAACGAGACAAGGCCGAGAGAGCGAAGAAGUUUGGGCGGAGCUCCUCCCAAGCCUCCAGUCCACCGGAGCCUGUGCCUCCGACGCCGGUCCCCCCGUCUCCCAGCCAGGAGCCCCCCGUCAAGCGAGAGUACGACCAGUGCAGGAUACAGGUGAGGCUCCUGGAUGGCACGUCGCUCACCCAGACAUUCAAAGCCAAAGAGCCCCUGGCGGCCGUCCGGCUCUACGUGGAGCUGAACCGCCAGGACGGCGGUGAGGAACCCUUCAACCUGCUCACCAGCUUCCCACGCCGUGUCUUCACUGAGGAGGACAUGGAGAGGCCUCUGCAGGAGUUGGGUUUGGUGCCUUCGGCUGUGUUGAUCGUGGCCAAGAAGGGCAAUCACAACUGAACAGGCCUUGUGCUGCUCACGCUCUCUCUGGCCUCAGCCCUCCCUCGCCGCUGCCCGAGGUGAACCUCGUCCUUCCUUGCGGGGGGCCACCCCAAGUCUCCCUGCCCCCCAGCUCUGGCUGCAAAGACUCCCAAAGCAGCAGCAGCAGCAUCUCUCGGGCUGGGAUGCACACAGGGUGAACGGAAGCUUGUUGGGUUUCCCCACGGCUACUGGGCAGGCGGGGGGGGGGUGUUCAGGUUGCAGCCUGACUCCUGCCCUGCCCCCAGCCACAC